AUUUUUAGAGUGGUGAAAUGAACUGGUUUCACUGUAACAACUGUUUUGUGAGAGAAGGGAAAAAAUUCGUUGUGUCUAGCUGUGGCCAUAUAUUUUGUGAGAACUGCGUAAACACAAGGCAGUGCAGAGUUUGUCAUGCCAACUGUAACUACCUACACAUAUCUGAUCAGAUGAAGCCUCAGGAAAAGAUGUUUUUCAAAGAUCCCGUGAAACUCAUUCAGACUCGUCUGGAACAUUUUGGACAGAUAGCUAAUUUUCAGAAAAGGCAGAUGGAGCGAGUCAUCGCUUUCUUAAGAAGCAGGUCUGCGGAACUGGAACGAAAGCUGAAAGAAGUUUGUGAUCAGUGCGACAGGCGAGUCUCUGAGCUGAAACUAGAGAACGAAGAACUAAAGAAGCCGCUUUCUCAGAGGAGGACAUCUCCUGGGAGGUUUCCGAUUAAUGGAGGAACUCCAAGAAUGAUUCUUCCUGUGGCUGUCACAUCACCAGUCACACCUCGCUCUAGAGCUGUCAGUUUGAGUGACACUUUGGAGAGGUUUAGACAUUCCAGACUAGGCAUGACAACACCCCCAGGGUCAUCCAUCUCUAUGUCAGGCAUGAGUUCAGUACAUGAACAUGGUUUCAGGACACCCAGCUCAGUUAACACUCCUACAAGGUCCCAACAUACAACCCCAAACAACUUUCAGCUUCGGGCGAGACCUACACUCCAGUCUCCACGGCCAUAAUCAAUAAUCAUUUG